UCGCACAAAGCAGAUCAACCCAACCCAACGCCAUAAUGAAAUUCAUCAUUGUCUUCGUUGCUUUGUUCGCCUUGGCUUUGGCCGCCAAUCCCCAAGAUGCCGAGACUUUGCGUUACGAGUCGAAUGUUGAACCUGAACACUACGAAUUCGCCGUUGAGACCAGUGAUGGAAAAACUUUCGAAGAACAAGGACACGUGGAGGAUCUCGGUACCGAUGAUGAGGCUAUCGCAGUUAAGGGUUCCUACUCCUAUGUCGGUGAUGAUGGUCAAACCUAUACCGUCAACUAUGUUGCCGACAAAAACGGUUUCCAACCUCAGGGUGCCCAUUUGCCUGUUGCCUAA